GAAUGGAGAAGCAUGAGAGAAGCAGGUUACUAUGCAGUGAAGGGAGGUUAAAUAAAUGAAAUGCACCCAGCAGCCGACCAGUCGCCAUGAGGAGGAGCCAGUCUGCCAGGACGGCGCCCUCGUGGGAGGCGUCAACCUCAUGCUCUCUCCCUUCGCCUUCGUCGCCUUCUCAAAGGCCCGCAUGCUCCAUGAGGUGCCACAUCGACAUGAAGGCUUUUGUAACAUUCAUCGCUCAACGGGUAACUAACAUCCCACACAUGCACGCAUCCGCCGGCUCACCCACUCGUCAGACUCUGUCCGUUGGUUCGUCAGGGCAUGGCGGUGUUGGGAGUGAUGUUUUCGUUUGUUCCCUUCCAUCUGGUUGCCGCCCUGCCGACACGUGUCUGGAGGAGUGUGGCGGUCCAGUACACGCAUCUAGUCAUCUCGGCUGCUGAUGGGGGCGAGCGGGCCUUCUGGGAGACCCUGACAUACACCUCAGCCGCACAGUGGGCCGCCCACCUGACGGAGCUGGUGUCUGUCAUUCAUGUCUACCCGGACGGCGUACCCCGAUGGUGCCUGGACCUCGUGGCGGCUUCAGUUCAAUCACACGCGACGGCACGGCGAGGACUAAUUGAGCAGACGAUGCGUCAGGCCGAGAGGACGGGCAAGAGGCCGCCGCGACUCGCAGCCGGCACACUCAAGACCUUGGCCUUCGAGCCCACCACGUUGCCCCCAGAGGUGACGGAAGCUCUAGGGCAGAAGGAGCCGGCGUCGCUUCCACUUGCCUCUUUGUCCGAUCCCGCGUCCAUUCUUCCCGCUCUCACCCGCGCCCGCGGCCUCAUCGAUGCGCAUCGAGCGCUCAUCUACACCCACCAGUGGCGCAUGCCGAACCUGCAGGAGGUGCAGGGAUAUGGAACCGGGGCUUUGGUCGCCUUCAUUCGCACGGCGGAGCGGCUGCAGCGGUUGGACACCAUCCUCAGCCCAGCGGAGGUGGCGCAGAUGCUGGUGGCCAGCAGUGCCUUCGCCGCGAGUGGCGGCGCACACCAGACGGGCGGGCCUCUCAGCCAUCUCAAGACCGUCGGCACUCUAGUGCUGUCCCAGAGAGCCCAACAGAACGAGCGGGAGCUGCUCGAGCUCAUGGUGCGCAUAAAUGCUGGACAAGGACCACCAUGUGUGUGUGGUGUUGAUGAGUCUUGUUGUGGCGUUUGUGUGUGUGUGUGUGUGUGUGUGUGUGUGUCAGGACGUGUUGGUGGCCGGAGGAUGCCGGUCGAUAACAUCGCUGGACAUCAGGCUGGCCCCGGCCAGCGGCAGGACGGUGCUGCAUGUGAACGCUGGCAUCUAUCGCAGCCUCGAUGCCCUCGAGCAGCUCAGGACAGCGGUCGGCGCGUCGGCAGACAUCCCCGUCACAUUCGACACAGUGGAGGGCGACGGGGGGUUGUCAUUCAAGAGCCGCUUUGCAGCGCACGAUGUGGUGCUCAACUUCCCCCCGCACGCCUCCACCUUUGUGACGGACUCCGUGAGGGACAUCGCUUCCAAAUGUCAUGACGUGCUGCUGCGCCCAAUCGACCCAUCGCGCUUCUCCAAGCCCGCCAAGGUGCUAGGCAACUCUCUUGAGCUCACUAAAGCGGUGAACGUCUUCGUCAUGAGCCCUCCCUCAUCAGCUUUUGAUGCCCAGCUGCUGCCCGCCCCCUUUGCCCCCUGGCCCGCCCCGUUCCUCAAGCCGUUCCCCAACGCCCCCAAGCUGUCAGUUACGUCAAACAGCGGGUGUCUGAUGGCACCCCUGGCGGCCGCCCACACGCCGGCACUCGUCAACGUGGACAUCUGGCCGGAGGAAGGGAUGGUCGCCGACAAGCUGGUGGUGGGCAUGCUCGAGGCCAUUGCGACCAAGAAGCCGAUCCUCCACCGCGUGAUGGCGUACACUCAUUGGAAUGGCAAUGGGGUUGCCGUGGGUCGAGAGGGGAUCAGGUGGGGCGAUUCGGCGCGGACGCUCCCCGCCAUCAAGAUACUUCAGAUAUCAUUGCAGAGUGAGUAGUGAGAUGGAAAGCACCACACACACCACACCACACGCACCCCACACAGCACAGGGGAGGGAUGUCUGUCACAGUCGAGUCUCCCUUGUUUCUGUGCCUGUUGUGUCUGUCUAGUUCCUGAGGAUGCCGAGGCGCAGGCGUUCAUCGAGACGAGCGUGGCGUCCCUGACCAAGAUCAGAGGCCUGGAGUCCUACCAGAUACUGGUGCGGAACGGCAUCAAGGACCGUGAGCUGCGCACAGCGGUGCGGCGAGCCAUCGAGGCGCCGGCCGCUCCCCUGCCGAAGCGCUUCAAGGUCUGGUGGCAGCGUAACUGUGUGGUGCAUAUGGCGGUCGUCAUACGCCGGUGCCCUCGCUGAUGAGUACCUAGCGUAGAUGGAUGGAUGGAUGAAUGAGUGUGAAGAAGGCAAGGCCAGCCAUUCUGGGUGCGGCGCGAAGAAGGCUGACAUUGAUUGACGAGAGGAGCCAGGGGAGGCUAGGCGAUGUGGGUGUAUGUGUAUAUGGCUCGUGUGUGUAUAGACAGACAGGAUGGAUGGAUGGAUGGGCGUGCGAAAACGUUCAUGUGUCGUGCUGCAAGGCGGGGAGAAACGGGCGGGAGGACAGGACAACCUGGAUGGAUGGAUGGAUGAGGGAGGGAGGGGA